CUCUGCCCGCCACUUGAGUCAGGACUGCAGGAGAGAACACACGUCGCCCUCGAUACCUGCUGACCUGCCCCCGCUGGACACCACAGGACCCCCCGCUAGCACCCCCCACCACACCUCCACGCGGGCACCUCCCCCCCUCCACACCCAGGGGACCCACACGGGGGGAAGGUGUUUGGCUCCCUUCUUGCCCUGCUCGUGUCUGUUCGUUCGUCUGUCACGAUGAGGCUGGCUGUCGUGUUGGCAGCAGCGUUGGUGGUGGUGGUGGUGGUGUCAGCCGCCCCUCCCUCUCCAAUGCGGCCCCCAAGCUCCCACUCCGCCCCCAUGAUGCGGCCCAAGAGGGGAAACACGCCUCCCAAAUCAGCUACUAUCCCCUAUUCUAAUUACCGCCGUGUCUCAGGUGUUCACAGGCCCUAUUCGGCGUGGAAACAAUUGGCCUCUGUCAGAAGGUACCGGUAUCCCCUGUACCGGAAACGCAGCUACCCACAACACUACGACUAUGAGGACGAAGUGUUCCUGCCGGAGGAUAACGUGGAGGAGGAAUACCCGAGCUACGUCCCGCGCCCUUCACUCUUCAGGGAGCGCAACAUAAAGGAGGAGGAGGAGGAGAUAGCAGCAAUGGAGGAGGCGGCGAAAGAGGAGGCUGAGCGACGCGAGAAUGAGUUACUGCUGAAUCAAGGCUACUUCCAUGACCUGCCUGACGAGGACAUGACCGGGUAUGACUACAGUGCGCCCUACGUCCUCUCCUACCCUGAGCUGGAGAGACUCAACCGCUUGUACGACAUGGAGAAGGAGGCCAUGGACGCUUCUGACGAGGACUUCCCCGUGUACGCCCCUGGGAGGAAGACCAUGGCACCCACAGCAACAGGGAGGUUCUUCGACGCCCUAAACUACGUCAGGAAGCGAGCCACGGAGAUGAAGCCCGAGGAGCCCCUAGGGAUUGACGCCGCCACGUCCCCCCGAGCCAAGAAGCCCCAGCAGUACCUCACGUCCGCAGCAGGCAGGUACUGGCGCGUGCGAGACGAGCAGCAGCAGCAGGAGGCGCAGCAGAAGGCCACCUCAGUCUCCUCCGCCGUCCGCGACCCAGACAUGAUGAUCCGCAAGAGGAAGAAGCGCAACACCACUUCUGCCGCCACCACCACCACAGCCACCACCGCCACCACCACGCCAGCAGCAGCCAAGAGGAGGAAAACCAACACCCCCUCCACCACCAUCACCACCAAGCCCAAGACUCACGCCCCUCCCACCACCAUCACCACCAUGGGCCUCACCACCACGGCGCCGCGCAGAGACCACCGGAACAAGAGAGCCUUCAGCGAUUACUUUAAGUGGGAGAAGCGGGGCGAGGAACAGCAGCAGGAGGAGGAGGAGGAGGAUGGAGAAGCCGGGGAGGAGGAGGAGGAUAAGGACGUCGACGAUUACCUGACGAGGGAGUACUUUAAGACCAUCGCGCGCUCCGUGGGUCAGAAGAGGAUGGCGUACGGACAGUUCGAGCCUGACACGGAGGACAAGAGGGCGAUGUCCACGGCGUCCCUGCAGGAUAUUCUGAGCAACCCCGAGACGCUACGCAUGGUGCAGGACAAGCUGAGAGAGGCGGAGGUGGUGAUGGCCAAGGAAGCGGGCACGGGGCUGAGUCAGUGGCCACAUGGAGGCACUCAGGACGAAGCGGCACAGAAGCUUCUCAGUAACUUGGUUCUGCGCAUGGACGCCAUCGAGCACAUGCGGGAAAGCCUAGCACAGCUACAGCACCUUCAGGAGGCCCGCAUUGGUGCUAGGGUUGGCGGACGACGCGAAAUACAACUGAGGGAGGAGAGGAAGCGGGCAGCGGCGGCGGAGCACGGAGACUGGAGAGAGAGGAGCGUGGCAGGGGGAGGCAACAAGAAGAGGAGUGUGAGGAGGAGGCUGAGGCGGGAUGACAUUGGCGACCUUUUCAUGGGGAACGAGAAGGAAGAGUGCCCUGUGUUGUGGUGGAUUCUGGAAAGCUGCAGUACGGUGAGCGAGAAGGUUGGGGACGAGUCGCAGGUGUUCCUCCCAGCCUGCAUCAAACACGAGAUUUGCUACGUGUGUGGCGCCAGUCAGGGCAUCAGCGGGCACGAGUGUGAUGCGGUGCUGUCCUCUGCCCUGGAAGCGUCCUGCCCUGAGCGCUCCCUGGACUGUCUGGCUGCAGCUGGCUCCACCUUCACCUCCCUCAGCCGCCCCGCAGCCUACGACCCUGCAGGCAGUUGCGCUAACGACCCCUGCGUCAUACACUUCCUGGAGGCUCGCUGAGGUGGUUUGGUGUGCAGCUAACCUACGUAAUUGCUAUAGUUAACUAUCUAACUAUGUAACUAACUAACUACUCGUAACUACUGUCUGGUGUGUUGUCUGUUUUAGCUAAUUGACUGACGGACUGACUGACUAUUGCUACUUCUGCUACCACUGCUGCUACUGUUGGACGGUUCUAGGCUAACCUGAACGAAGUCAUGGAAAGGUGUCGCUAACCAGCCAAUCAGGGACGAGAAGCGGCGGGCCUCGGAUUCCACCAACCAAUGGGAGAGCUGCUGCAGGCUCUGACGAGAAGAAGAAGAAGCAGGCUCUGACGAAGAAGAAGAAGAAGAAGAAGAAGAAGAAGAAGAAGAUUUGUUAACUGAUUGAUUGAUAACAGAACGGAAGAUUAUAGGAGGAGAAGAAAUAGGAAGAAAUGAAUGAAAAAAAGAAUCGAGAAGAGAAAUGAACAGACAACAUAAUAACAAUUCACUUCAGCAUAAUAAUAAUAAUAAUAAUAAUAAUAAUAUCGUAUUGCAUCUGCAUAUGUUAUACUAGAUGUUGUUAAGCUCUUAUGAUAACCGUACUGACAUGUUGACAAAACUAUCGUACACUGGAGAUACGAUACCACGAUAGCCUUCUUUCACCUGCAAAUAAUGGAGAAAAAAAAUAAUUGACGGACUAGCAAAAAUACAUCAUCAGUAUUUGAAGAGCAAAGGAUAUUAUUUAAUUUACAUGGAAGGUCUACGGAUAUAUAUUUCUCCAAGACUCAUAUUUUGGGGGAUGGAUUAAAAACUAGACAACUCCUGAAUAUCCUACAGAUUUCUCUUUUACAAGCUUAAUUUCCAGAAUACUUCCUUAAUCCUUUCAUUCUUUCCUCGCCUUCCAUUCUCUUCUCUCCCUUUCUUCCUCCUUCUUUUUAAACAUAGUCGUUUUUUUCUCUCUUCUUCCUUAUUUCUUUCAAUCAUCUUUCUCUAUCUAUACUUUCUAGGUACUCCAUUACUGAUUUCCUUCCAUCCUUCCUUAACCCUUUCAUAUUUCCUUCAUCCCUUCCUUUCCUUCCCUUUCUUCUUCCUACUCUUUCAAACAUAGUCACUCUUUACUCUCUUCUUCCUUACUUCCUUCGUUCACCUUUCUCUUCUCUACCUCCUAACCAUUCCUCCCUUGACUUACUCUUCUAUCUACACACUAACAAAAAACUCUAUUGAAAUUUCUGACGUACUGAAAACUGAGAUGAGUCUUUGACCUACAGAUAACAAACAUUCUUCCGAUAAAUUCUGACUGAGUGACAGAAUUCUACUGAUAAAUCGCAACUGGACGCUAUUAAGGACAAGAUCUGAUGUAUAACUCACACUAAUACAGGAUGGAAGGGUACAUACAUCUACACAUACAGACACACGCACACACAGACAUAAUAUUAUAUCAACCAACACACUGACACACACAUACGCAUACACAUACACACAUUAUCACUAUCUGGAGUGUUUUUAAAUGUACUUCAGUGUUCGAGAAAGGAAAAAAAUAACAAAAAUUCACGUAAUAUUAAUAGUCAUAACCAAAGUGUGUUGUCUCCGUGUUCUGCAGCAGCUGUACGUGUUCUGGUGUUCUGGUGACGUGUUCUGUGUUAUCAUGAGGUGUUCUGGUAUGCUGCUGUUGCUGGUGUGGUGGUGUGUCGUGUUCUGUAUCGUCUCUCUACCGGUGUUCACUUGGCCAGCCAGAGAGCCGUUGUUUUUCCCGCGCUCAGCAUAAUAAUUGGCUUUGAGCUCGUAUCCCUGACCCAAACAUUGAUAUUACUGGUGGUUGUACUGCCUAGGUUCUGAAAUGUGUCUAUGUGUAUAAUAGUCUCAGCUCUUACGUACACUGAUGAUGAUAGUGUUUUAGAGCUGCAUGUUUCUCCAUUAUUAUUAUUAUUAUUAUUAUUAUUAUUAUUAUUAUUGUUGUUUAAAUAUCAUUAUUAUUAUUGCCAUGGAAAUGAGUUUAUGUUCGUAUCCCUCUGACCUAAACAAUUAAUAUUCCUAUCAAUAAUUAUGCUUGGGGUUUGAAGUGUAGCUGUUUUCUUCUUACUUCUCCUAUCAAAAAUUAUACAACAAUGGAGGGUUUUAGUUGUAAAGGCGUAAUAUUUCUCGCCUCGCUCUUUCUCUCUUGCAUCGCGUAAAAAAAUAAUUCAACUUAAAUCUUCCAGAAGGGAAUAUGAAAACAGCAUAUAAAUUUAUCAGCCCUUAAAACGAUAAUAAUAAUAAUGAUAAUAAUAAUAAUAAUAAUAAUAAUAAUAAUAAUAAUAAUAAUAAUAAUAAUAAUAAUAACUUUGAUAUUCAUGCAUGUAAAAGUUCUAACCUCGCUCUUUCUAAAUUGUGAAGGCGGUGAACUCCAUCUCCUCGCUGGCCAGAUACAAAUAGUGGGAAGAAUAUCAGUGUGACUUUAAAUGUGCAGAGAAAACUUGAUUAAAAUUUUGGUCUUUGAUAAAAUUGAUAACAAUGAUCCAAUACUCUCUGUCUCGGUAACUCUGCCGCGUGUCUCGCCAAAAAGAAAUAAGACAAAAACAAACAAAGAAUGAAGCUUAUAUUGUUAUGAAGUGAUCAUUAAAGGAUAAAAUAUAAUAAUUGUACCUGAGUAAAUUGUUUUAAAGGUAAUUUGAAACUUUCUUUUUCUAGGUAGCUUUUAACUAUUUAUUUUGAUUUUAUUAUUAUUAUUAUUAUUAUUAUUAUUAUUAUUAUUAUUAUUUUAUUUGAUUAGUUGGUGAAGGGGACUGUGAAAGUAUUAGUUACCUGUUUCCACGUGCCAUGUUAAAACUGAAUACAAAGUCUAUUGUUGUAUAUUAGAGACUAGACAGAAGCAUAUAUAUAACACACAUAUACAUACCAAUAUUUUUGUCUAUUAUAAUAAUAGAGAAUUAAACAAAAUGCAUAUUAUAAUAAACAUUUGACGCAAAAAAAUAUUACAGAAUAUUUUUUUUCUUUAUAAUGGAUGUUUCCUUUGUUAGGUAGACGCGUCAGUGUUGUUGUUUAUCCAUAAGGCGAGUCUAAAGAAUGAAGUGCUUUUCAUUUCACGCCGUGUUUGGUUUUUCUUUCUUUUCCUCCAACAUUCCUUUCCAUAAUAAACCUACAUCGUGUUA